UCACAUUCCGCAUCUGACCAGAGGAGCUGUCAAGGAAUCGUGUACGCUGCUGCAACAGGGCAAAAGAACGUUCCUGGUAGGAGAAGUCACGGGUCAUAAACUGAGUCACCUGGCAACAGCUUCUCACAGCUGGCCCACAUAAGAGGACCACCUACAGCAGCGGAAGACCAGGGAACUAGCGGAUGUGCGCUGAAUUCUCCGGACGCUCUUCCUUGUCAUUUUUUCCUCAUAAGGAAGAGAAGCUUAACGAGUCAAAAGUUCUUCUUCCUAAAGACGCGCUGAGAGAUUGUGACGCUGGUUUUGAACUCAGACAUGGACGGAAGCGCUCAGAGGACAUCUUUCCCUGCGUGGACCGAGUGUUGGACAGUAAGACGGAUCCGCGCGCUGGUUCCGUUGGGUUUUAAGGGUGAAAUUAAAGAGUUGUCCAAGCUGGCCGCACCAGUGAUGUUGGCCCAGUUCAUGGGCUAUGCUGUGAGUUUUGUCAGUACAGUUUUUUGCGGCCAUCUUGGGAAGACAGAGUUGGCGGGAGUGUCUUUGGCCAUAGCUGUGAUUAAUGUCACAGGUGUAUCCAUUGGUUUUGGGUUGGCAUCAGCAUGUGAUACGCUGAUAUCACAGACCUAUGGGAGCGGUAACCUCCUGAGAGUCGGAGUCAUUCUGCAGCGGUCCAUCCUCAUUCUGUUACUGGCUUGUUUCCCCUGCUGGGCCAUUCUCAUCAACACGGAGCCCAUUCUCUUGGCGUUCAGACAGGAGCCAGAAGUCGCCAGUUUGGCUCAGAUGUAUGUAAAGAUCUUCAUGCCAUCACUUCCAGCUACUUUCAUGUUUUCCUUAGAAUCACGAUAUCUCCAGAACCAGGGCAUCAUCUGGCCGCAGGUCAUCACAGGGCUAAUUGUCAAUCUGCUCAACGCCCUCGUUAACUACAUUGUGCUCUUCGUAUUGAAAAUGGGAGUAGCGGGCUCCGCUGUUGCCAACACUUUGUCUGAGUUUGCCUUGGCUGGAUUCCUUUAUGCUUACAUCAUGUGGAAAGGUCUUCACAAGACAACCUGGGCAGGCUGGUCCAAAGAAUGCCUCGUUGACUGGAAAUCUUAUAUCCAAUUGGCUGUUCCUGGAAUGGUCAUGAUGUGUGUAGAGUGGUGGACAUAUGAGAUUGGAGGUUUUCUGGCAGGUCUGAUAAGUGAGGUUGAGCUUGGAACGCAGUCGGUCGUAUACCAGCUGGCAAAUAUUGCCUACAUGUUCCCGUUGGGUUUCAGCGUUGCAGGCAACGUGAGAGUCGGAAACGCUUUGGGAGCCGGAGAAACGGAGCAGGCCAAGCUGUCUGCGAAAGCAACAAUGUUCUGUGGAGGGUCGGUGUCUGUUUGCUUGGCAGUCCUCAUCGGGAGUCUGAAGAAUCAUAUCUCUUACAUCUUUACAUAUGAUGAGCAGAUUAGGGAAAGGGUGGCAGAAAUUAUGUCAUUUUACGCUCCAUUCGUCAUCCUGGAUGCCAUGUCUGCUGCCUCUGGUGGGAUCAUCAGAGGAGCGGGUAAACAGAGAGUUGGGGCUAUUUGCUACUUCUUGGGAUUUUAUGGCAUCGGAUUUCCUAUUGGAAUCCCCCUGAUGUUUGUUGCCAAACAAGGAAUAAAGGGUCUAUGGACUGGCCUGUUUACCUGUGUAUCACUGCAAUCCACAUUCCUCAUUUUCUAUCUGCUCAGGAUGAACUGGAAGACAGCCACAGCAGAGGCUCGGAUCAGAGCAGGUGUGAUUGGCUGUUCUUCAGACACAAGUGCCCAAUCAGAAGACGCAGAGCAUUCGCUAAGCGUGACGGACGCCAUGGAUCUGGUUGACACAGAAGAGGUUUCGCUGGAAGUCCAGCCCUCCUUCAGGAGCCUGGUCCUGCGAAGAGGUUUAGCUCUGGCUGGCAUGCUAUUGGUCCUGGCUACUGGAAUCACCAUAAACCUGCUGGUCACGAACUUGGUUACUUGACUAUGAGUAAACUGUCAUCGCAGUGAGCGAGCAAACUUCUUUGUCUCGACCGCAAAGCAAACUCAGUCUACGUUUGCGACUCAGGACGCAGCGCGACAGGGAAAAGGCAUAAGAUGAUCAGCAGGAAGCAAAGAGAAAACAGAAAGAGCAAAAAUAGCAUGAAUAUGAUUUUAAAGCGAGAUUGUUUUCUGGAAUGACGACAGUUAUCUCUAAUUAGUAUCUGGAUCGUUACAGUCCCGUACUGUCAGAGAGAGCUGAGUCAAACUGAAGACAGUUCAACAACAUCAGCUCCGACUCACUUUGACUGUCCAUUAGGGACCAGCACAGUGGAGUAAAUUGGAUCAGGAGGAUGCGUUGCAUUGAUCUGACUUGCCGCGGUGCGGUUGCCCUCUGCAGACCGGAACUCUGGCAAAGGAACAAGGAAGUGCGCGACUGCUCCGACAGCUAGCAGAGCCACCGCGGCUAACACGGCGAGGCCUCUGCGGAUGAUCAGCUGGGUGGUGGAGAGGUGGCCAUCUGUCCGUCUGACCUCACGGCCACCUGGCCUUCCAGCAUGGCCGUCCUGAUCCUCUGUACUAACGCAUAUGUAUCCAUCUGCUGACUGUGAAAAAGAAUACCAUCACGCAUCUGUUAAUUUUCUUCUGCUAAAGACCAAAAUAUGGAUGUUAAUUUAUACAAAGAAAUUAAACUGAUGAUAAAAAUGUUGUA